UAAACGACCAAAUUUCUUGACUGCCCAUCCGACCAGGAAUGAGGGCGGGAGCAGUAAGACUCCUCCUUUCCGUUCCGUUUUGCCCGGGUCUCCAUGCAUGUCCCUAAAAGAGCCUUCCGCCUCCGAUGCCUCCGCUUCCGUCAAUUUCCGCGUCGGAAACCGGACGCGUUGCAUAUAAAAGGGGAUAGCAUCCACUUCAGAGCAUUGGUAUACAGUCAAUAAUUAUCGCUCACAUCAACAAACCUGACAACGUAUAAACCAGCACAAAAUGCCAUCCUCCAUCAACCCCGGUGCAACCCUCGUCCUAACUGGUGUAACCCACAUCCUAGUCGGUCUCACCCAUCCUCGACUAGGACCACCCCUCCUCUCCAUGGUACGCUCGGGCCUCUUCGACUCGAUAACCGGCAUAAGUCUGGACCCCACCUCGAGCGGCGCACCGCAAUACGAUCGUAUGGCAGCCUGGUGGUUCGAGCUCGCCGGCGCAGCGAUGAUACUUUUGGGGAUUUCUAUAAGGGAGAAUAUCAACGUUGCGGGAUAUGUCCCGAGAGGGGUAGCAUGGGGAACUUUGGGUGUGGGCGUGAUUGGAGCACUUGUGCAGCCCCUCAGUGGAUGCUGGACAUUGAUAGCUCAAGGGAUUUGGAUGGUCGGGUGGUUUGGGAAGACCAAGAUGGAGUGAGAGCAAGGAGAACUUCAUGAGCUUGUACAUAUACAAAGACAGGAUUAGACCUAGGGGAGUCUAGGAUGACCCAGCUGCAACAGGAGCGUAGCGUUACUGGUCGUGGGUCUUAAGAUCUAUGCAUGAGAGUUCAUGUCGAAAGAGAAGAAUACAACUUGUGGGUCGAAAUUUCGAGUGUUGGGUUCCAACCCGGGAGGAUUGGAAGGAUUGGAGAACGUCCGAGAUCUACUUCGUCAUCAAUCAUCGCACUUGGAGCGCAUCCUGAUACCUACGAACUCGAUUUAUCACCAUC